UUUGGCGACCGCGCUUCGAAUCCAUGGAUCGCUAAUCCAUGUUUGCGCGCCCCCGCCACUUGGGCUCGAGGCCGCUCUCACGGCCACCCCGCGCCUCCCGACCGGAAGGCGGCCAUGUCGUCCGCGCAGUUUGCGGCGUCAGGGCCAAGCCGCGAUCCCGAGACCGGCAAUUACUUGACGCGGGAGCAGCUCGAGGAAAAGUACAGAUGGCGACAGUCCUACAGUUUCAACCCGGCCGAGGCUCAGUAUGGCCAGUUUGCGAUGGACGACGACGGCUCCAACGUCCAGUGCCUGUGGGCCAGCAUCAACCUGGCCACCAGCUUUAUUUGGCUCUUUACAGCCGGAGCCUUCGGUCUAAAGUUUCGCAUGGUGUUCUUCGAGGACAGCUCCAAGCCAUGGGGCACCAUGGUCGCUGCCGUGGGUUUUAUCUCCGCGUUUCUCGGCACGGCAGCGACAGGGUGCUGCUGCGACCCCAUGGAGAAAGCGUACACGCCCUUCUAUGUUGUCAAUGUUGUCUACGCCGUGCUUGGUUUCUUCGUUUCUGCUUUUGAGAUCACCAAGUCCAGACAUACUAAUGACUGGGGGUAUCUAUUCUUGGCCCUGGUGUCCGCAGUGACCUGCGCGGGGUCCGUGCACAUGAAGGUGCUGUCCGUGCUGGAGGGGUCCGUGUCCAGCAGGAGACACAUAUUGCCCUGGACCAGCACGCCAUUGGCUUGGCACGUCCGGGUGCCGCAGAAACGAUCGGGACCACAUGUGCAUAAACUUCAGGAUGUGAUCGCCAAGGCCAAGACCCUCAAGAUGGACAACGGCAUGGUCGCCCCACCUGGCUGUUUCUGGCAUCUACCCCCGUUGCGCGAACAUAUUCAGGAUAUGGGUUUUGGUGUGCUACAUGUGACGUUCGGUUGUUUCAGUCUGAUUCAUUUACAGCUAAUAAUGCCCCAAGCGGGUUCUAUGUAUACGUAUUGUGAUUACCAAGACAAUGCCACCAAACACGUGGAUGUACAGCUGCGCGUCCAUCAUCGAGGAUCACGUUUUGGACUGGUAUGGCAAGAUUGAACAACACGGACGAGGGAGGCACCAAGUACUUGUUCAAUUUACGGAACUUUUGAUCCAACCAUCGUGUCGACACCAACAUUUUAUCGACACCACAACAUGUGCGAGCGAAACGAUUGCAAAGCGACGCGCUAUGUCAAAACAAUCGAGUCGGGCCCAAACAUGCUGGAUUUCCAGCCGAACCGUUCGAGGGGCCACGCUGAACGCCGACAAACCCAACCAGAUCGCCCAGGGCAUUUUUCAAACAAAUCGAAUCGGCUACGAGCGGGAAGCAAAGCUCCCAGCCGGAGCCAAACACAUAAUUUCG